ACAGAGUAUCGGCGGGCACGACAAAGAGGGAAUGAGCCUCUCAAACGGCGUGGCGCUUGCGACUCAGUGUCUUUCCGGACGCCACACGUUUAAGACACGCACGCGAGUUUCUCUCUCCUUUUCUCUCUCUCUUUCUCUCCAACCUCUUCCUCUCUCCUUCUCCCUCUCCCUUCCUGUACCACCCUCUGCCCCUCUCUCUCUACCUCCGUCUAUGCUUGCCCGGACGCCCGUUCCUCCGUCUUCCUCGCUCCGUCCUUCCUCGUGCUGUCUCUCUGCGCUCACCUCCAGGACGUUGAGGCACAUCGUCCGUGCCCUGCCCCCUCUCGCCAGGCAUGGAGUGGGACCAAUAGGAGCGCCGCUUCCGGCAACGAUGGUGCUCCAAUCGGCACACGACGCCGACGGAUAGACGCUGACGAGAGGCGAUUUUGACAGUCGACACUGUGCUACUCUCAGCGUUCGCGGUUUAAUCGCGCACUGGACUUAGUUUGAGUCUGGGAUCCUUGUGAUUCGGUGAAUCGAAGCAGUGUCCUCCGCAGCGUGGAUCCUGUUGGUGGUCACCUUGCGAGCUCGCGCACGCAUCAGUCUGACAGCUCGCAAAAGUGUGUCUUCUCUUUUUAUUCAUUGGAUAUUGGAUUUUCUCAGUGAAUCACAAUCGUUUCGAUCCUAUUGAUUGUGAGUGAGUGCACUAAUGAAAAUUUUCUCAUGUCAAGCCUACUGACGGCGAGACAAGAAGAUUAAUAGCGAUCACGUGGUCGAAGAAACAGCGAUCCGUUUGGAAAACUCGUCGGGAUAAUUUGAUCGAACGAACGCUCGACGAUCGUGGAAAAUUCCGCAGCUGGUCCAUAGGAUAGACUCUAGAAGCAUUCCCAGGGAGAUUCCCGCCUUCGGCAUUCAAAAAUAAUCAUAUGUUUACCACGACUCGAUGCGCUCGCUUCUGGAGAGUUUACUCGGAAGCGGGCGGACAGCCUCGGUGAUCAAUAGCCCACAAUAGGUUCAAGUGAUUCUCUCACUGAUACAUACAAAUAUUGUGUUGUUCCUUUCGUCGUGAACGUCCCCCUGUCGCGAAUGCGAGCGCGUCGUCCGUCCCGGCACAAGUGAAAGGAAACCUCGGAGGACUUGUCGUUAAACGCGUUGGACAUUACGGGGGGGGCGGGGGGGACCGUGAGAUACCGCGAGAGUAAUUAAAUGCGCGCGUGAGAUAAUCGGAUGAGCUGUGCUAUGGAGUAUCAGCAAUUGGCGCCACCACCGGUACCAGCUGGGGUGCUGCACACCCAGGCGCACCAUCCUCCACCUCAGCAUCAGCAGCAGCCGGUGCAGCCGCCGCAGCAUCCGCACAUCGUAGUCGCGCCGGCUCAUCAGCAGCCGCAAUCCCAACCACCGCCACCACCCCUGCCACCGACCUCCCACGGACACCAAGUGCAUCCGCCGCUCCCGCCCAUUCACGAAGACAGCACCAGUUCCAGGUGGUCCCAGUACCAGCACUUGUGGCGGCAGCAUCAUGUUUACAUGAACGGGAAACAAGGUAAAGAUGGGCCAGAGGAAAAGAAGGAUGCCGACGGCGAACUUUGGGGCAACGUGGAAGCGCAGGCCGCCUUUCUCGGGCCCAAUCUCUGGGACAAAACUUUGCCUUACGAUGCCGACCUGAAGGUAUUAAACCAUUACGUCGACCUUGAUGAGUUUCUUUCUGAAAAUGGCAUCCCCGUCGACGGUGUGGCUGGUGGUGGACAAGGUGCCAUGCAAGGCAGCCAGCUUCAUAAAAUCAACAACACUGAAGCCCCCGGACAUCAGGGACCAGCGGGUCUACAUUUGGAACCAGUUACCAAGCGUGAGAGAUCACCAUCGCCGAGCGAGUGCUGCUCGCCGGACACCCUGAACCCACCCUCUCCCGCGGAUUCUAAUUCCGGGGACUCGUCACGAAUACAAUAUGGCUUGUCUCUUGUAGCGCUCUCGAUGGCCUCAUCGGGGCGAGACUUCGAUCCACGUACCCGGGCCUUCUCCGACGAGGAGCUCAAACCCCAACCUAUGAUCAAGAAAUCGCGGAAGCAGUUCGUUCCGGAUGACUUGAAAGAUGACAAAUACUGGGCGCGUCGUAGGAAGAACAACAUGGCAGCGAAACGAUCGCGAGACGCGCGCCGCAUGAAGGAGAACCAGAUAGCACUCAGGGCCGGCUUCCUCGAGAAAGAGAAUAUGGGUCUGCGGCAGGAGCUGGACCGGUUAAAAAACGAGAACAUGUUGCUACGCGACAAACUGAGCAAGUACACGGACGUCUAACACCCCGUCAUCGGCCAUGCACCAGCUCGAGCGACACGCGAAAAAAGAGAGAGAGAGAGAUGCGGAUACGAGGGUGCAUCACCGCCCAGCUACAACUCCCUCGCUUAUAGUCGCAGCACAUAGCAGCCUUCGCCGUCGCGGAGGAAGCGAAGGGGACGCGGAGCAAUGUUGACGAAUACCAUCGACUCCCAAAUCGACUGCCCCGCUACCCUAAAGCCGACAACCAACUUCCUCAGAAAUCUCCGAGGAUCCUAUUCUCUAUCAUUCUCUUUCUCUUACUCUCGAAUAAAAUUCUUAUUGAGUCCUCGCUCCUUGUCCUGCUCUAGAAAACUCCUCCACUUGUAAAUAGUUAUAUGUAUAGUUAGAUUAUAUACACACACAUACACACAUACGCGCGUGCGCGUUACAUAUAUGAAUAUAUAUA